AUGAAGGAAGAAGGGGAGAAGAGGUUUGCGCUUUUGCAAGCCUGCAAGGAUUCGGAUUAUGUGAAGAAGAGAUAUGGGGGUUACUUCAAUGUGUUUUUUGAUGCCUAUGGAGAAGAGGGGCAAAGGUGGGAUCUGUAUAGAGUAGUUGAUGGGGAGUUUCCUGAGACUGAAGAGCUUGAAAAAUAUGAGGGUUUUGUGAUCACUGGAAGCGCCUUUGAUGCCCAUGGAAAUGAGCUUUGGAUCUUGAGGCUUUGCUUGUUGCUUCGAACCCUUAAUGCCAUGCAAAAGAAAGUGUUGGGGAUUUGUUUUGGACUCCAGGUGACUGUUGGGUUUCCAAUAGCCAUCAUCCAACGGUUAUCAACCGUUGGAUAUGCAAACAGGCCCUUGGGCUAG